AUGCUUAUAAAAUUAAAAAAUAAAAACACAAUAUUGGCGGGGUUAGUUUAUUGGGGUGUCGGGAAGGCAUUUAUAUACAAGGAAGGCGCCAGGUCAAAGCGCCAGCGCGAGCGCGGCGUGCGCGUGCGCGUGGUGGUGCGCGUGCGCGUGCGCGUGGUGCGCGGGCGGCGGCUCCGGCUCGUCCAGGUCCAGCGCCGCGUCAAUCAUGGUGGUGUCGUGCAGCAGGCGCAGGCGCGACGCGCUCAGCGCGCACCGCCGCCCGCCACCGCGCCGCCGCCGCCCGCCGCGCCGCCGCCCCCGCCCCCGCCGCCGCCGACGCACACCUCUGCAACAGAGCGGCCGGUCAGCGCUCGCUCGCCCACGCGCUCACACACACUCUCGCGCGUGCGCUCACCUUGCAGCGGCACGGGGUCGAGGUCGAGACUGUGGUUCAUGUACGCGUGCCGCGCCUCGCUCUCAAACAAGUUCAUG